AUGGAUACCACCUCAAAAGACAAGGCGCCCCCUGAAACCACGGUUAUCAGUAAUGCCGAAAAUGCCUCCUUCAUUUUGGGAACUGGAAAUCUUGUGACUCCACAGAAGCACGCAGCAGAAACGACUUCUAAUCUUUGCACACCAGGUGCUUUUAAAUCACCUUUGAACUUUUCCACAGUAACCGUAGAGCAAUUGGGAAUUACACCUGAAAGCUUUGUUAAGAUCUCUUCAGGAAAGUCAGCAUCCUACCUUAAAAAAUCCAGACGGCGUUCUACAGUUGGUGUUCGGGGCUCUCCUGAAACAAACCAUCUGAUUCGUUUCAUUGCCAAGCAGCGGAAUUUAAAGAAUGCUGCAAGAUCUCCUUUGGCACACGGUUCUCCUUUUCAGGGCAGCCCUGUACUGUAUCACAAUGUUAAUUCAUUAAAAGAGCGAAUAUCUGCCUUCCAGUCGGCUUUUUGCUCCAUAAAGGAAAACAGGAAAAUGGCUGACUGUCCGGAAUUUCCAGAGGCAGAAACAGAGUUCACGACAACAGGCUUGACUAAAAAGGAAGGUCUUGGUGAAUGUCAGCAGUCCGGAUUCCCCACAAACUUAUCAUCCAAACGUAGGAAAAUAUCCUCUCAGAGCAACUCUGAUGAAAAUCUAAUUGAUGCCAAAAGAGAAGUAAUUGAUCUCCAGCUGUUCAGUAUUGAUACCGACAGAACACAUGCUUUUGAAACUUGUGCGGAUCUUUCUGAGAAACCCUCCCAACUUGGCUUAACACAGUAUGGAUGUUCAGUUGAAGAGUCUAUUCCCAUUUCGGAGCUCACAGAGGCUUCAAAUGGACUCAGGGUUGCUGACUGUGUAGAGGACAAAGGGUCAAGUGCUCCUGUUCCACCUGACAAGUUUAUAGCAGGAGUGAGCUCCGACGUGGUCCCUGACCUCAAGUCACCAGCUCCUCCAGCGUGCAGGAGGGACAGUCCAUCCACUGAGACCUUUGUACUUCGCUCUGUACUGAAGAAACACACUGCUAAGCUGUUUUCAGAGCACUUACAGGAACACUGUGACAACCUCUGCGAUGAUGGGACUCAACCAAGCUCAAUUUCAAAUCUUGCAAACUGUUGCAGAGAACGAAAAGUGGAAGAUCAAGAAAAUUGUAAAGCACCAACCUUUCUAAAUAUGAGGAAGAGAAAGAGAGUUACUUUUGGAGAGGACCUAAGCCCUGAAGUGUUUGAUGAAUCUUUGCCAGCAAAUACUCCAUUGCGUAAAGGAGGAACACCUGUUUGUAAAAAGGAUUUAAGUAGUAUCAGUCCUCUGCUACUUGAGCAGUCACCAGUUCCUGAGCAAUUACCUCAACCAAAUUUUGAUGACAAGGGGGAGAAUCUUGAAAACAUAGAACCACUUCAGGUAUCAUUUGCCGUUCUGAGUUCUCCAAAUAAGUCUCCAAUCUCUGAGACUCUUUCAGGCACGGAUACCUUUAGUUCUUCAAAUAACCAUGAGAAAAUAUCCUCCUGUAAAGUUGGUCGAAUAACACGGACUUCUAAUAGAAGAAAGCAAUUGAUCAGUUUUGCAGAAGAGAGUGUUUGCAACUUACUUAAUACAGAAGCUCAGCCUUGUAAAGAAAAGAAAAUUAACAGAAGGAAGUCUCAAGAAACCAAAUGUACAAACAGAGCACUUCCUAAAAAGAACCAGGUUUUAAAAAGGUGCAGAAAGAAGAAAGGAAAGGGAAAGAAAAGUGUCCAGAAAUCUUUAUACGGAGAAAGAGACAUUGCUUCUAAGAAGCCCCUCCUUAGUCCAAUUCCUGAGCUACCUGAGGUCUCUGAGAUGACCCCUUCCGUUCCGAGCGUCCGAAGGCUGUGUUCAGAUGAUUUCAACUCAAAUGGUAAAAAUGAAGAAGUGAAGCUUCCUAAAAAUCCAGUUAAAAGAAAGAAUCUCUUGCCCAAGAACCCAGAAGAUUUGCAUACGAAUCAAGGCUUUGAUACUAAAUACGAUGUGCCUGAAUUCUGCUGCUCUUACAUCAAAAGCUCCUCAUCUCUUGGUAAUGUUACUUUUGACGGAGAUCCAAAUACAAGUACUGUGGAUGUUGAUGAGAAUAAAAAUAUUUCAAAAGCAGAAAAUAAGUUGGAAAGUGAAAAUAAACCAAAAAGUGGGACUGAGGCUGAAAAUAGCCCUAUCUCUUGUACUUCUGGGACAGGAGGACACGUUGUAUCCGAUAACCCAAAACCUAACUUUAUGCUGCAGUGGCAAGAAUUUUCUGCUGCUAAUCAAACUUCGGAAAACCUUUGUCAAAUCUUUAAAAUUUCAGAAGAUAUAAAGUGUGAAAAACAGGAUUUCUUAGUAGCUCCAGAGGGGAAACUGCAGUGCAAUUUAAUGCCCGACUCACAAAGAGAAUUUAAUUGUUUAGAAGAUGUCUUACUUGAAAAUAUAAAAGAAUCUAAAAGUCAAAGUGAAGAUUUGGGAAGAAAAUCCUCUGAAAGUAGCAGCUUUAUGAAUCGUAGAGAAAGGAAACAUAGAAGACGCUCUAUGUGCUGUUUUGAUGCUCAGAGUUUAUCUUUGGAAGAAAACAGAAAUCACAAGCCUUCCUACAGUGUGGGCAGCUCUGUAGAAACCAGAGAAACCAGUUUAGAAAAUCCCGAACUGUACAAAGAUUUAUCUGACGCCAUAGAGCAAACCUUUCAGAGAGCAAACGGUGAAACCAGAGUGCGACGUAGCACUAGGCUCCGAAAAGAUUCGGAAAACGAAGGGCUUGUGUGGAUUUCGCUUCCAUUUUCUCCCACUUCCCAAAAAACCAAAAGGAGGACAAUAUGUGCAUUUGACAGCACAGAGUUUGGAAGUGUGCUUCCCAGGAAAGAAAGAGUGUCCUCUGGGCAACAUCAGUGUACGGUGCUGUCCGUCCCAGGUACAGAGAGCAGCGAGAGCUCUGCCGUUCGUUCUUCUGAUCCACCUGGGGAGAGGAGGGAGAGCUGCUGUGCGUGGACACUUGCAAAUGCUGGCACGACUGCUCAGUCCAGACGCUGCAGAAGAACCACCCUUCUCUUCCAGAAGGGAGGACGCUCUCUAACUGACUUGGAAAGCAUUGAACCCAGCGGAGAACUAAAUCAGUAACUACAUUUCCUGCAGAGCAUUUUGGCAAGAGAAGAUCCUCAUUUGUUCCAGAAGAUGGCAGCUUUACACCUGGAGUCUCCUCCUCUGCAUAAACUGAAAGCCAGCGUCGCUCUUGCAACCAAAAAUAAAGGCUUUCCUUUAUUUUUACUCAUUUUUAUUACAAAAGUAAUAUGUGUCUGUGGGAAAAGCAGAGAAGUGUAAAAAAAUUUUAAAAGUGGAAAUACUGACAACUGUCUUUUUUACCCCCACCCCAUGCAAACAUCAUACAGUCACACCUUCCUCUCCCAAUUUCUUUGUGUAAACGCUGCUAACAACUGGCAUACAUCUUCCAGACCUUUCCUGUAUAAACAUGAGUAUGGUUUUGUUGUUUUCUAACAGGAUGACUAUAGGUACUGUUCUGCAACUUGUUUUUUCUUUAUUCAACAAAAAUCCAUGAGUAUCUGUCAGUCUUAUUAGGGACAGCCCUUGUCCUACUUCAGUCUCGUUAACUCCUGCAUAGAAUUAUACACUUUCCUUAUCUAUAAUUUAGAAAGUCAUCUCCUUAUUAAAGGAUGUGAGUUGUCUGCUAUUGAAAAUUAUGCCACACUGAGCUUGUGCAAAAAUGUCUGUAAGAUAAAUUCCUUGCAGUGAAAAUAAGAUGAUUAAGUUAUUUUCUGUAGAUCUUAACUGAGAAAUAUCCCCUUACAGACACGUUAGCUUCUUGCCUCUGUCUCUGAUUUUCCCCUCCUGCCACUUAAUGCCGCUUCACUCUCAUUUUCUGUCCCUGCUCCCACUUCUACUUAAGCUGGAGAACUGAGGGUGAAGCUUAAGACCUGGUGUAACAAGGAGAAAAUGAUUAAUAAUGCCUGCUUCAUGCUGUAGAUUGAAAUAGCUAUUUUUUUUAAGUCAGGUUUCUUGAGGUAUAAUUAACCUACAGUAAAAUUCACUCUUUUUAAGCAGACUGUUUGAAUUUAUGCAGUCAUAUAACUACUACCACAGUCAAGUACUAGAACAUUUCCAUCAUCCCAAAAGAAGUUUCCUCCUGCCUCUUUGCAGCUGGUCCCUUCUCCCUCAACCCCAGCUCUUGCAACUGCUGAUCUGAUUGCUGUCAUUAUAAUUCUGCCUUUUCCUGAAUGCCAUAAAUGUGAUCAUACAGUAUGGAUCUUUUUGAGUCCAGCUUUUCAAACUUAGCCUAAUGCUUUUGAGGUUCAUCUGUGUUGCAUGUUAUGUGUAGUUGAUGCCUGUUUAUUGCUGAGUAGUAUUCCAUUUUAUAGAUGUUCCAUGUUUUGUUUAUCCAUUCACCCC